AGCGCCCGCACGGCUGACUCUCGUAAAAGCAGCAGAAAUAACCCUGAACGCGGGAAACAGAAAACUUUCAGCCAGUCGUGUUGUGCGUCUCACAGUGUUAACAAGUGAAAGCAACCAUGGUUCUGGAUACAGAAGAUUGGGCCGAUGAACUGCCCCCGGAACAGAUUGCCGUGCUCCGCAAGGCUUUCGAUGGGUUCGACCACAACCGCUCAGGCAGUAUCCCGUGUGACUUCGUGGCCGACAUCCUUCGGAUGAUGGGGCAGCCCUUCAACAAGAAGAUCCUUGAGGAGCUCAUUGAGGAAGUCGACGCCGACAAGUCCGGUCGUCUGGAGUUCGGUGAGUUCGUGACCCUGGCAGCCAAGUUCAUCGUUGAGGAGGACGCCGAGGCCAUGCAGAAGGAACUCCGCGAAGCUUUCAGAUUGUACGACAAGGAAGGCAACGGUUACAUUCCCACCUCCAGUCUCCGCGAGAUCCUGCGCGAGUUGGACGAGCAGUUGACGGAGGAGGAACUCGACGGCCUCAUCCAGGAGAUCGAUACUGACGGCAGCGGCACCGUCGACUUCGACGAGUUCAUGGAGAUGAUGACGGGAGAAUAACCAUCUAUAUCUAGCUCUACUCUUCUACUAAUUUUAAGGAAUCUCUACACUUCGGUAUACUUCAACCUUUCGAGUCUUGGGAUCAUUUGGUCAUUUGACUCUAGCAGAAACGAAAUGAAUAUAACACCUCACUUCAUUGGUUACAUAAAAGUAUUAUGUAUGUAUUGUACAAAAUAAUAUUGUUCUCGUUUAAUUGAUGUGUGUGACUGCGUUAUGUUUAUACUUUAUUUAAUAAAUCUUUUAUUCUAUUGCUA